UGCAUGCAUCAUGUUCCCGUCCCCGUCGGAGCCAGCCCCGUGCCGUUUCAUUGACAAACAGUCCGGUUGCUGCAUUUUCCGUCACGGACGGCGCGGAGGAGCGUCGCGUCGCGUCGCGUCGCCGGGGAGCCGUGCAGAGCGGCAGCGGAUGAAGCCGCAGCUGCAGUGAUCUCCGACGACAACAGCAGCAGCAGCAGCAGCCCCGGUGGUGUUCGCACCUGUUUAGAAGCUGUUGAUCCGCCGCUUGACCCACGCAGUCCCCCCAUCCCUCCAUCCCUCUCUCUUACUCAUCCACGCUCUCUCGGGACAGCCAGGAGAAUCACCUGAGGGGGGUUGGGAAUAAGACAGCGUUUUGCCACUCGGACCCAUUUGGGGGUGGAUGGGGGGGAGGGAGAGGGAGGGGGACGUGAGGCGGCGUCAUUAGGCGACAUUACUGGAUGUGUUUCACGACUCUUCCAUGAAGCGCCCCGGACGCACCGAUGGAGGAUUCUGGAGGCUUUUUAAAACCACCACGACACUGCAGCGGCCGGUGUGUGAUGCGAGCUGAGCCGUGGGUGGUGUAGACAACCCCUCCUCGCACCCUACACACCACCACCACCACCACCCCCCCUCCCACACCAUCCAUCCCAGCAGCAGCAGCAGCCUUGUUGCACUCUACCGGGGGACAUGUCCCGGGCAGCGGCUAUCGCGAGCUCCCUGAUCCGCCAGAAGCGACAGGCGCGCGAGAGGGAGAAGGCGAACGCGUGCCGCGGCAGCAGCAGCCCGAGCAACAGCAAAGGCGCUAAUGAGAAGCCGAGCAAGCUGAACGUGUUCUCCAGGGUCAAGUUGUUCGGAUCGAGGAAGAAACGGAAGAGGAGGCGACCACCAGAGCCCCAGUUAAAGGGCAUAGUGACCAGGCUCUCCAGUAGCCAGGGCUUCCAGCUGCAGAUGCAGCCUGAUGGCACCAUUGAUGGAACCAAGGAUGAAGACAGCACUUAUGCUGUGUUCAACCUGAUCCCGGUGGGGCUUCGUGUGGUGGCCAUCCAGGGCGUCCAGACCAAACUCUAUCUGGCAAUGAACAACGAAGGCUUCCUCUACACCUCUGAACAUUUUACCUCUGAGUGUAAGUUCAAGGAGUCAGUGUUUGAGAACUACUACGUCACCUACUCCUCCAUGAUGUACCGGCAGCAGGCCUCAGGUCGGGCCUGGUACCUCGGACUCAACAAGGAGGGAGGAAUCAUGAAGGGAAACCACGUCAAGAAGAACAAGGCCGCCGCACACUUCAUACCGAAACCACUCAAAGUGGCCAUGUAUCGGGAGCCCUCCCUCCACGACCUGACAGAACUCUCACGGUCAGGCAGCGGUACACCGACCAAGAGUCGCAGCGCUUCGGCCAUACUCAACGGCGGAGGGAAGUCGCCCAGCAACAAUGACUUAUCCUAGCCCCCUCACCCCUCACACACACACACACACCAACAAAAGACAUACACACACGUACACACCCACACACACCCACACACACACACACACACACACGCAGAUCUCAGGCCGACAUGCCCACACAUCAGGCUGGUAAGAGGAGGCAAAGACAAAACGACAGGACAGGAAUGUGUUCUUCCACUUAACGGAGCCCACUGUGACUGACUGUGAUGUAAAUAAAUCAAGGACAAUCAAUCCAUCUGGAUCUGCUGCUCUGAUCUGCAGAGAAAGAGGACCUACGAAUCUCUGCCCUUGACUGCUCCUCCUGCUGUGUCGUAACCGGAGAGAAAAAAGGGAGGGAGAUGGAGUAAGACGAGAGCGAUAGAGCGAGCCAGUCAGUCACAUAGUCAGAUAAACAGACUGUUACAGAAGAACCAAAGAGUCCCAAGUAUUAACUAAGUUACUGCAGUGAAAAGGAAAGUGGCAAGAAAGUGAGAGUGACGAAGGGAGGGAGGAAGUCUUUAUCUAUUCUACCAUAUGCUAUGUUUACACAGAGCUCAUGGGGUUAAGUCAUAUUUUUAAAAAUGACAAACGUAUUCCUUGUACACUUAUGAGGAUCAUUUGUUUGCAUGCAGGUGUGUGAGUGUGUGAGAGUGUGUGUGUGUGGUCAAGUAUACGCCGUACUUGCAAUAGGAGUGUUGUGUGUGUGUGUGUGGGGGGGGGAAGCAAGUGUGUGAGUGUGUGUGUGUGUGUGUGUGUGUGUGUGCGCAUGUACCUGGGGGAGGGAGGGGGAAGGUGGGAUUCUACCUUUUUAAGACCUGUUGUAUAUCAGACGAACCUCCUGAGGGCUUUAGCAGGUAAAAAUAAGGUUUACUGUAUAUGCUUCCAUGCCUACUUCUUACAAGCACUGCUGUUGUUUAUCUUUCCGUUUGUUGUUGUUGUCCCUUGCUGUUUGUUUUUGUUUGUUUUUUUGUCGUUGCAUGGAAGCUUGUGGACCUCUUGCUCAGUAGCAGCAUGCCGAAGGUCCUGUUUUUUUUUUGUUUUGUUUCUGGUCUUGUGUGUUCCUGACCUAAAGUGAACACUAGUGAGCCAAUAGUGUCAUACCAGAACACUAGUGAACCAAUGGGAGGGUGUUGGAACACUACUGGACCAAUAGUAUUGCACCAGAACAUUAAUGGACCAAUGGUGUUGGACCAGAGCCAGAACCACCUGGACCAAUGGGAGCACAGAUUUACUUAAUAUUUUGGUUCCUUCUGUGGACAAACUAGAA